AUGCCUGGUGUGAUCGACAAAGCCUUCUCUGGCGUUCUUGGUGCUGCCUAUGGCCUCAUGUCUGGUGCAUGUGACUCUUCAUACAAGUGCAACAUCACCGUAGCUGGUACAAUCAGCAACCUCCUUGUUGAUGGCAACAACUACGGCACGAACACUAGCGUUGCUGCAUGGUGCGACGGAGGCCGCUGCUAUGGUGCUGCCAGUGCUCCGUUGAGCGCGACGGCUCCUUUCAUCAUCACCUGCGAUCAGCUCAGCGGUACACAAGUCUGCUCUGCGACCAUCUCGGGUGCGGCCAAUGCCAUCUUCCAGAAUGGACAGUCAGUUGAACUGUGGGGCUGGCUUACGCCCGCCGGAUACUGCCAGAAUGGUGUAUGCACCGCAUCUAUCACAGCCGUUGGCGACCCAAUGUACUAA